AAUCGGAGAAACUCCCUAACAAAAAUUCCGAAACCCCAGAUAUAAAACACGCGACCCAAAUAACUCCGGAACCUGCAACAUUCAGCGGGAACCAAACCAAAGCAAAACAAAAUCAAAAUGCAGCCCUCGACGGUGGUGGUCCUCGACAAUGGCGGUGGCCUAAUCAAGGCCGGUCUCGGCGGCGAAAUGGACCCCACAGCCAUCAUCCCCAACUGCCUCUACCGCCCUCUCUCCUCUAAAAAAUGGCUCCACCCUUCCACCACCACCGCCGCCGUCUCCGAUCCCAUCGACCUCACCUCUGCCGCCGUCCGCCGCCCCAUCGACCGCGGCUACCUCAUCAACCCCGACCUCCAGCGCGACAUCUGGGCCCACCUCCUCUCCUCCCUCUUCCACCGCCCCAACACCGGCCCGGCCCACUCCGCCCUCCUCCUUACCGAGCCCCUCUUCGCCCUCCCCUCCAUUCAGCGCGCCACCGACGAGCUCGUCUUCGAGGACUUGGGCUUCGCCGCCCUCUACGUCGCCGACUCCCCUUCCCUGGCCCACCUCUACGAGGCCAGCCGCCGGCCCAUGGGCCUCGCCUCCAAGGCCCAGUGCAGCCUCGUCGUCGACUGCGGCUUCUCCUUCACCCACGCCGCUCCUGUGUUCCAGAACUUCACGCUCAACUAUGCUGCGAAGAGAAUCGAUUUGGGGGGAAAGGCUUUGACCAAUUAUCUGAAAGAGUUGGUUUCUUAUCGGUCGGUUAAUGUGAUGGACGAGACUUUCGUGAUGGAUGAUGUCAAGGAGAAGCUGUGUUUUGUCUCGCUUGAUGUUUCUCGCGACCUCCAGAUCGCCAGGAAACCUGGGAAAGAAAAUCUCUUGAGGUGCACUUAUGUGCUUCCUGAUGGUGUGACUCAUACGAGGGGUUUUGUUAAGGACCCAGAUGAAGCGCAGAGAUAUCUUUCCUUGACAGAUGGAGAUGGAGAUCAGACAGCGAAUUUGGGGUCGGAUCACCCUCAUGUUACGGAGAAGUUGGAGGACAGGAAGAAAACUGAUUUGACUAAAAAUGAAUUUGACUUGACAAAUGAGCGUUUCCUUGUCCCAGAAAUGAUCUUUCAUCCUGCUGAUUUGGGAAUGAACCAAGCUGGACUUGCUGAGUGCAUUGUUCGAGCUGUCAAUUCCUGCCAUCCUUAUCUUCACCCCCUACUAUAUGAAAGCAUUAUUUUAACUGGCGGGAGUACAUUAUUCCCUCGAUUCGCUCGGAGGCUAGAGAAGGAGCUUCGUCCUCUUGUUCCUGAUGACUAUCGAGUGAAGAUCACUGCUCAAGAAGACCCUAUACUUGGUGUCUGGCGAGGUGGAUCACUUCUUGCAUCAAGCCCAGAUUUUGAAGCAAUGUGCGUCACCAAGGCUGAGUAUGAGGAGCUUGGAUCUGCUCGAUGUCGGCAGAGAUUCUUCCACUGAGUGGUCAUGAUGGUGAA